AUGUACUUGGAUAACAAAGACGACAGUACAAUUUCUAGACAGCAAGAGAUGGAGCUGAAUCAGACAUCUUUACAUCAAACCAGUUUAUCUGCAAAUGUGGCAACCAAACCGGUGACCAGAAGUUGCGGUGAGCUGCGGCUAUUAAAAGAGAAUCAUGGCAUGGUAGCAAAUCUUGGAGAGCCACAGACUCUAUGUGAAAAACCAGCAAUAGAGGAGGAUGGCUGCAUUGCUCUGGGGAAGGAUUUCACUCCUGUCCCCAUGCAGGGAAGAUAUCACUUCAAUUUUUCCAAAUUAUUCAGCUCAAGGUCAAAAAACACUGGCUUUACAGAGAGGACACCACUGCUGAAGGUUUCCUCAGAGGAAAAUGGGUUGCAGUGCAUGGCUCUUCACAAUCCAGAUUUUACCACAGAUGAUGAUUCAUGGGACAACAGCUCUGCAGAAUUUGAGCAAAGGUUUCAACUGGGAAGUGAAAUGACAAGUUUGUCCAGAUCUGCUUCUUCUGAGAAAUAUGAAAUCUUGGACAACCUUCAUAUCAAGUUCAAUUUAUCAAAGAUGAGAUGCUGUCUAAAAUUCCUAAAAGUUUCAGGCCUUUUUAUCUUUGUAGUUGUCUGCUCUAUUUUAUUUGGCAUUUAUCCAGAUCAAAGUGUGUCCUGGCAGAUGUUGGCUGUAUCACCUCUGGAAAGCUUCUCUAUGAAUCUGACCGAUUUUCGUGAUUCUCCUCUGUUGAAGUUAGACAUAGGAGGCCCAUUUGUAGCAGAUGUAGUUGAUCAGCAAACAGAGGAACGCAUUGUAGUACAAAUCAGCCAGACUGAAGACUCUGGAUCAAGAAGGAGACGCCAGCAGCAGGUGGUAUACAACUGGUCUCUACCCUUAAGUUCAAGAAGAAAUCAGCAAAUCAUCACAACAAGAACCUUUCAGAUACCAAACAGAGGCACCAUCGUCAUAAACAUUCAAGCUUUCUUACAGGAGCCUAGAAGUGUUCCUCUCUCCAUGAAACAUCAAUACCUUCAUGCAAAUAUAGAGGCACAAGUAACAAUUGCGUCCAUCAUCUUAGUAGGUGUCUACGUGCUGAUCAUACUGGAAAUUGUUCACAGGACCCUUGCAGCGAUGCUGGGCUCUUUGGCAGCUUUAGCCGCCUUAGCUACUGUUGGGGAGAGGCCAAGUAUGGUCAAAGUGGUGGAGUGGAUUGAUUAUGAGACCCUGGCGCUGCUGUUUGGAAUGAUGGUUUUGGUGGCCAUAUUUUCAGAGACCGGAUUCUUUGAUUACUGUGCAGUAAAGGCUUAUCGAUUCUCUAGAGGCAAGGUGUGGGCCAUGAUUACGCUUCUGUGCCUCAUUGCUGCAAUUCUUUCUGCAUUUUUGGACAACGUUACCACUAUGCUGCUCUUUACUCCAGUAACCAUAAGGCUCUGCGAAGUACUUAAUCUUGAUCCUAGACAUGUCCUGAUUGCAGAAGUAAUCUUCACAAAUAUUGGGGGGGCUGCCACAGCUGUUGGGGAUCCUCCAAAUGUGAUUAUUGUUUCAAAGCAGGAGCUGAGAAAGCAGGGAUUGGAUUUUGCAGCCUUCACAGGACAUAUGUUUGUUGGCAUCUGCCUUGUUGUUCUGGUCUCCUUUCCUUUUCUCAGACUUCUUUACUGGAACAAAAAACUUUACAAUAAGGAGCCGAGCGAAAUUGUUGAGCUGAAACAUGAGAUCUAUGUUUGGAGACUGACCGCACAGCGCAUUAACCCGGCCAGCAGAGAGGAGACUGCCGUGAAAUACCUCUUGAUGCAGAAGGUGCUGACUCUGGAGAUGCUCCUGAGGAAGAAGCUGAGGACGUUUCACAGGCAAAUUUCACAAGAAGAUAAAAACUGGGAAACAAAUAUUCAAGAACUCCAGAAAAAACACAGAAUAACAGACAAAAUUCUUCUCAUCAAAUGCCUGACUGUGCUGGGAUGUGUUAUUCUUAUGUUUUUUCUCAACUCAUUUGUUCCAGGCAUCUACCUAGAUCUUGGCUGGAUUGCCAUGUUGGGAGCCAUUUGGCUGCUAGUGCUAGCAGACAUCCAUGAUUUUGAGAUGAUACUGAACAGAGUUGAGUGGGCAACCCUUCUUUUCUUUGCAGCAUUGUUUGUUCUCAUGGAGGCUUUGGCUCAUCUGCACUUAAUAGACUAUAUAGGAGAGCAGACAGCUUUGUUAAUAAAGGUGGUUCCUGAGGACCAGCGCUUGGCGGUGGCCAUCAUUUUAGUGCUCUGGGUGUCUGCUUUGGCCUCCUCUGUGAUCGACAAUAUCCCCUUCACGGCUACAAUGAUUCCUGUGCUUCUCAACCUGAGUAAAGAUCCUGAUGUUAACUUGCCUAUGAAACCAUUAAUCUUCUCGUUGGCCAUGGGUGCGUGCCUUGGAGGUAAUGGAACAUUGAUUGGAGCAUCUGCGAACGUUGUUUGUGCAGGAAUUGCUGAACAGCAUGGUUAUGGCUUCUCUUUCAUGGAGUUUUUCAGGUUAGGUUUCCCCAUGAUGAUUGUGUCCUGUACCAUCGGGAUGUGCUAUCUUCUUGUUGCUCAUGUCGUAGUAGGUUGGAACUCAUAGUAAUUUAUACUUUCAAGACUCAAAGAAGCUUUCUCUUUCAUUUAGUUUAUAUAUCAGAACACUAAGAACAUACAUAAAAGGAAAAAGAUGUCUAAAACCCCAACAUACAGUAUCAAUCAAAAUGAUUGUCAGCAUCAGCAUCAGGUUUGGUCAUUCUUAACCUUCUGUUUUGUGAACAAUUUGCAGAA